AUGAGCUCUGUAACGUCUCUGGGUGCCAAUUGGUGUGUGACCAUAGAAUACACGAAAGAACACCUCUCAGAAGUGCUGACAGAACUUUCGGCUAAAGGUUUACAUGCUUUAACAAGACCGGGUCAUAAAGCCGGACUUGUGUAUGUGUUUGUGAGCGAUCCAAAUGACAAGGUUUCCGAGAUUGUAUCAAAGUUGAAGUACGUGGUGAAUGUGGUGGCAAUCCUUUCGCCCGCCGCAAAAGAGGAGAGGCAAAAAUUGGCAAAUCGACUAGUAAAAGGGUCCUUAAUGAUAUCCGAUAAAGGUCUGGAGGAACUUGUGAAAACCACUGGAUCGCCCAAUUUCGGCUUGUAUCUGGCGUUUGAAAAGUAUUAUACGCGUUCUUUGAUGCCCUUGGCUCUUGUAGGUAUUGCAUAUCGACUUUUUGCCGGCAAACCUUCUGUGUGGGAAUUCAACAUGAGCUAUAUUAUUCUUGUUAUUUUAUGGGCUAUAGGUUUUGUGACUACCUGGGAAAAGAAGAUCAGGUCAUAUUAUACCGCUAGGUUGCACUAUGCACCAUCGAAAUCUCAAAUCACACCUUUGACAAAGACUGAAUUUGCGAAAAAACUAUGCUUCAUUCCUGUAGCACUGCAAUUCGCAGCUUGUCUCAUUGCGUUCCAAUUCGGUUGUUUUUUGCUGGAAAUUUUCAUCACUCAAAUCUACCAGGGGCCCUUCUCCGCAAUUUUAGCGCUCGUCCCCACCAUAUUGAUCUCAGCCUACGUGCCCGUCUUGACAAUGGUUUACGAUAUUGUUCUGAACAAGCUGAUUUCGUGGGAAAAACCAGCGGAUCCCGUCCAGUCGAGGUUAGAGAAAAAGUUCAUUUUCGCUUUCUUGACCAGUUAUGUUCCUCUUUUCAUCACUCUUUUCGUUUACUUGCCGUUGGGACAUCAAGUUAAUGCUCAAUUGCAAUCCAUCGCUCAAUUGUGUUCUCGUUUCCAUAUUCCUGUUCUACAGUCGGGUUUCAGAGUCAAUACAGGUCGUUAUCAAAGCCAGUACUUCUUCUUCAUGGUUACCGGACAAGUAAUUGCUCUAUCUGUGGAGAAUGUUGUUCCAUUCAUCAUAUCCAAGGCUCUUCCUAAAAUAAAAGGCUUGGACAAACCCAACUCUGACCUCAACAAGGCGGAAAUCAAAGUCUCUAAAGAGUAUCCUGAGGACGCUUUGGUGUGGAAGCAAGCAUCACAAUCUAAUUUGAGUGCCUGGGGACAAUUUGAUAUCAAUGCGAUGACAACUAAACUUAGUGUUCAAUUCGGAUAUGUGGCGAUGUUUUCUUGCAUUUGGCCUCUUGCCCCGUUGUGUUGCGUCAUUUUCAAUGUCCUCAGUAUGAAGUUAGAGAUUUGGAGGUAUUUGAACAAAAAUGUCAUCAACAGUCCCGCUCCAAACAAACCGGGCAAGGUAUCUACUCGAUCGCAGGACUUAGGGGAAAAUGGGACAUUUUGGAGCGUUAUCUUGAAUUUUCUGCUGUUUCUUUCUGCUUUGGUCUCACCUGCGCUGGUUAUCAUGUACAAGAGACCUGCUGGUGACAGUCUGCAACAUGUAUUAGAGAAACGCGACUCUUGGCACUUGAACUCCCUUGUUCCAGUUGACUGGAGAACGGUCCUUGUUGGGGCGUUCGGGUUUGAGCACUUGACCUUCUUCUGCUACCUGGUCAUAUCCGGAUUCGUAGGACGCCGCGAUACUAGUGUCGGAAACAAAUUUGUGCCAGCUAAGGAGCUUGAAGAACCACCACAUGUCGAUUUGAACCAAGUUGUUAAGGAAACUGCUCAGUUUAUGGAACCUCCAACCGAGGGUGAAAAAUCAAAAUCAACUGUAGCCUCAAAGGCUCCAGCAAAGACUAGAGAAAGUCAAUACAGUGGAUCCUCGCGCUCAGUCACCACGAGUCAGAUCUCCUCCGACUCGAAUAGGGCAAAAGAGGCCGGACGGCCUUCUCAACCUAUCCACACUGAUGCAACCGCCCCGGUACAUCGUUCCCAUAGUUCAAAUGCUAAGACUUCUUCCUCUAGUCAGCCGAGUCAGACUGCCAAGUCCUCCAAUUCUUCUAUGUCGCCUGUGGCUGGGGCCACAGUUCCCGAUACUAUACCUACGUCGAAGAACUAUCAUCUGCGUAAUGAUCAGGGCAGUGCAUCCAUUUCCUCCAACGUAGAAAGUCAAGGACACCAAGCAGCGAACGGCGAGCAAAGAUCUCGCAAAGUGUCCACAACGAGCAAAUCGGACGAUGCUCGUGAUCAUCCUGCUCCGAAAGUCGUCACCACGUCGCCGUCAGAUGAAUCGAUUGCGGGAAGACAAUUCAUACCCCCUCCCAUGGCAGAUACGUCCAGAGGGCAUGUAGCCGAUAUUCUAAAUGAUGCCGGACCUCAAGAGAAUGGUAGGCACGAGAAGCGAGACGAUGACGCGGAAUUUAGUUCAUAUGAUGAUACACAACCCAAAAAAGCAGAUCACCAAUCAGAUCAGUCAUCGAGCCCCGCCUCUACUAAACAUUCUCAAACGUCUCACGGUGCACACAAGUCAUCUGAAAAGACACCUUCGUCAAAGAAGAAAAUUAAAGCAGUACUGUCGCCUCUCGGCAAACUCAAGAAGAAAUUCUGA